GUGUUUCAGCUGUUUAUGAGUUACAUUUUUCUUCCCUUUUAUUACAGCUCUUUCUUUUACGCCUUCCUGAAUCUGCUGAUCAGCGCCUUUGUGGUGUUCAUCACAUUUAUUGCCAGCACUAUAGUGAGUGUAGGAUUUAACAUGUGGUGUGAUGCAAUUACUGAAAAAGGAAGCAUGCCAAAUAGCUGUGAAGAAUUGCAGGAUAUAGAUCUUGAGCUGAACUUGGAAAACUCUGCUUUCUAUGACCAAUUUGCUAUUGCACAGUUUGGUCUUUGGGCUGCCUGGCUGACUUGGUUGGCAAUUACCAUUCUGGCUUUCCUGAAGGUUUAUCACAACUACAGACAGGAGGACCUGCUAGAUAGCCUGAUCCAUGAGAAGGAGCUGUUGCUAGGAAGAUCCCCUUCACGAUCCUCUUUGCAAGAUGACAAAAGUGGCAUGAUCUAAAGUGUAAGCAAAUUUCCAGGGCAGGAUCUAGAUUUUAUUAUUCAGUUGUGUGAGCUGAAGUUGAGUCAGGGUAUUGAGUGUGUGAGAUCUUUUAUUUUCCUGAAAUGAAAUGUGAGUCACUUCCCCCAUGAGAAAUUGUUGGCAGAAAUACUGCUAUUAGGAUGAAGAGAAUGAAAUGCCCUAUGUGCCUAUGGCACAGCAAACUUUCUGUCCUGUGCAGGCAAAAUUUGUAACCUGCCCUUGUCAGCAGAGCUCCUACGUGCCACUGCUGGCUUUUGGGACAGGAGGCAUUUUUGAGGACCGAUCUGGCAAGAGCAGGCUACAGCAUCCAGGCUAUUUCUUCAAACUAUUCUUCAGCAAUUGUUGUAACUGGAGCUGCAUUCAGUCCCUCCUCCCUCCCUCUCCUCCCUUUUGCCACUGAGCUGCCCCUGUCCUCUCUUUAUCCUGGGAAGUUGCAGCUCUGGUUUGGGGACAGGCUGUCUCUGUCUCUGCUUUCACUGUGUAUGGAGGCAAUGCUGACAAACUCCUGCUCCUGCUCUGAUUUUAUUUAAAACAUAGAGACCUGUGUACCACGCCUGAUAUUUAAUAUUGGACAGUGCUAAUGAAUUCCAUGAAAGAAGUAUAUUAUUACAGCACCUGUCAAAUACUGUGUAUAAUGUGGAAGGAUGAUGGAGAACUUCUGUGGUUUUGUUUCUUCUUAGAUUUUGGCAUGACCAGCAUUUAUUAUGACUCCUGAAGUAAAGUGUAGCUAGAAAUUGCUGAAGCUUGCAUACUAAGAAAUUAAGCUGAGUAGAUAGCAUUAAUGCUUGUGCAUUUAUAAAUGUAACUUGGUCCUUAACACGGUAUACUAUUCUGUUUUGAA